AAGUCCAUCAUGCGAUCUCCUGGGAUUCUUUUGCUUGGCCUGGUCUUCGCGCCCUGCGGUUGGAUCUUGGACCUGACCAGCACGGUGGCGCCCAACUGGCGCACCAUCCACAACAUCAGCGGGGAGCCUCCGGACCUUGUGCUUCACCAGGGGAUCUGGGACAUCUGCAGGUCCUUCACGGAGUCUCGGGACGUGCUGUGCAACCACGAGGACAGCGAGUACUUCAACAACCAGAUCAUUGAGAUUGCCCGGAGGAUGAUGGUGGCGAGUCUGAUCGUGACCCUCAUCGGCCUAGGCGUGGCCACCAUCGGGACCCACUGCUGGACGGACAAGCCGAGAUGGUCGGUGGCGGGACUGGGCGGCCUCUUCAUCUUCAGCUCCGGCGUGCUGACCAUCAUCCCCGUGGCGUGGUACCACCACAUCCUGCCCUACAUCAACUCACCGUCGAGUGACAUUCGCCUGGGAUACUGCAUUGUGCUGGGCUACACGGGCGGCAUCACGGAGCUGUUGGGCGGGAUCGUGAUGUUCGGCGGGGUUUGCCGGUGCCGCUAUGGGAUGAAGCGAGCGGGGGGAGAGGAGCUUGGCCUCGGACGGACCCGCCUGCACCCGCACCCACGACGUAAGAACGACGAACCGUGCGAGAGCCCGAAGAGGAGCCGCGCGAGCAGUGUGCCAUACUCAAUAGAUUCAGUGCUGGAGGACAGCAACUUCCGGCGUGGGAAGCUACCCAUCAGUGCCUCAAAUACACUGUAAAAUUCAUAAAUGACCAGCUGUUGUAAUGUUUGUCCUUAUUGUAGUCAGGAGACACGAGGUCACUGUAUAUAGCAGAAGCCUAUAGGUUGGGCUGUUCUAUAAUGGAAUGCUGGACCCAUUACAAACCCUGCUAGAACAACCAAAGCCAGCAUCUGUAACGCUCUGGUGAUGUGAUAUGAAAUAAGCGCUUGUAAAACUAACCGAGUGGGACAUUAGUGUUGAAAGGGGACGAGGGAUCACAGUUUGAAGCCGUGGUCAAAUAAGCAGGAUCCCCCUAAUUAAUAAGUGCACCUGUCUCACACGUCCUGGCUCAGUAAAGUCACGUGAACAGCGGGCCACCGGUGCCAAUGCGCGACAAGCCAGUGAACGGAGCUCAGCCUGUUACACAGUCAUGCGUGUAACCUAUAGCCUUUAACCCCACAGCUGACCCAACCUGAUCAGACACACCUUCUGCUGAGUUUUUGUUUUUUAAAGACUGUAGAUGUGCGUGUCUCACACGCUGAUGCGGCCGUUAGCGGCGAUGAAAGAAAGAAAGAAAGAACACCUGCUCCAUUUAAACCGCGCGAUACGUCUCUAGCCUGUGUAGAAACUCAUAAAUAUGUUCUUUUUUCGUUCUUGCACUUCUUCAUGAACAGUGGUCCACUAGUGGAAAAGUCUCUAUUUCGCGCUUUUUUCUAAUGUAAUGCAAUGCGUUAUAUUUCCUAUAGAAUCCUUGAAAUAUUUGCCUGAGUUUUAGUAUUUUUCAGUAUGUGGUCUGUCCCCGCGUUGCUGUAAUGACCGCGUGCGCUCGAGUUGGCACGGACUUCACAAGUUUGUGCAAAAGCCUCAACAACGUCAUACAUUGAAGUACA